CCCUAUUCUUUUUCACACACCCUCCUGUUUUGGCAAAGCUUCGAGAGAGAGAGAGAAAAUAAUAGAAGUCUGCAUUUGCAUAUUGCCGGAUCUGCUUCAGGCUUUAACAGGAGAGAAGACAGCCAUCGGGAAAAGGUUACUGUGGAUGAAUUGCCAUGUCCUCAGCUGGGCUCCAAAUCUCUGCAUUUGUAGUAGCACUAAUCGGACUAUGUGGAGCCAUUGCUGCUACACUGUUACCCAACUGGAAAGUCAAUGCUGACACCGGAGCGAAUAUCAUAACCGCUGUGACCCAAAUGCAAGGUCUUUGGAUGGACUGCACAUGGUACAGUACCGGUAUGUUUAGCUGCACUGUAAAAUACUCCAUACUUUCGCUUCCGGUCUAUAUCCAGACAGCAAGAACCACCACAGUGCUCUCCUGUAUACUGUCCAGUCUGGGAAUAUGUAUCUCUCUGGCCGGGAUGAAAUGUACACGACUAGGAGGUGAUCGGCAGACCAAAAGCAACAUAGCUUUUGCAGGUGGGACAUGCUUUCUGCUCGCUGGUAUUUUUGGUUUGGUCUCUGUGUGCUGGUACAUGAAGGAGAUUAUUUCAAGCUUCCUAGAUCCAUCUGUUCCUGACAGUAGCAAACAUGAACCUGGUGGAGCAGUAUACGUAGGUUUUAUGUCAGCCGGGCUGCACUUUCUAGCAGGUACAGUCUUCUGUGCAUCCUGUACUAAAAAGCAUCAGGAUGAAUGGGACUCACAGCCGAAAAAAAUUGUGCAGCCAGCAGCUCAGCAACCAGAAAACAAUAACAACACAGGCUAUAACCUCCAGGACUAUGUAUAAAUAAUCCAUAGAAGAAACAGCUUGUUUAUUAUACUCACAUACACAUAUUAUUUUUCCUAAUGUAAACUUCAAUAUUAAUAUAUUUUAUUUAA